AAAGUUGAAAAUCUCAUUUCAAAUUUCAAAUCUCAUUUGAAAACCAAAAAUUUUCUUUUCCUUUCUGCUUCUUGAGAGAAAGAGAGAGAGAGUAAAAAGCUAGGGUUUCAGUGAAGAGGUCGAUUUCGAGAAAUUUCAAUGGCAGAAGUUAUUAAAGGGAGUAGUAGAAAACGAAGGGGAAAGACAACAACUGAAGCUUUAAGUACAGAUAAAAGAAAGAGAGAAGAGGAUGAUCUAGAUCUUAAUCUUUCUAGUGAUAUUCAAGGAAUUAUUGCAGCACUGCAAAAUAUUAGAGAAAAAGCUCAUAAAGAUGAUAAGAAGAAGAGUGAAGAAACGAUUGCUAGUGUGUCUUCAGAAGUCAAGACAAUACUAACUGAUGCAAAAUCAAAACUCGAGAAAGAACGGCAGACUUUUGUGAAGGCACUUUCAAAGAGUUCUAAAGAGUGUGAGAACUCUCUCAAGGAUGAGUUUGCCAAGUUCCAGUCAGUUUAUGAGAAAUUUUCUAAGGAGAAAGCAGCACAUUUGCAGGCGUUUGAAGAUAUAUUCUCCAAAUUUGACAAUGAAAAGGAAAAGCUGUACCUUCGUUAUGAACAACAGAGGAAGAAAGAAAAGAGUAUGUUAUCUGAAAUGGAGAAAACCUGUGCUGAUAAAAUCACAGCAGCUGAAGAAUCUCUAAAGAAGAAAAAGAAGGACGACAAAUCUUUCAGCAUUUUACGCAAAUCUCUCGGCUCAUUCCUGGAUGGUGCCUCAGAUGAUGAUUUCCCGGCUGAUGAAUGUAUAUGAGUUCUGAAAACAUCCUGAAAAUUCCUCAUCCCUAGUUACUUUCAGGACGGACCCAGGAAAGAUAAAUUUCCUUUGCAAAAAAAAAAAAAAAACUUGGUUGUGGACUGGGAAGCCUACCCAGGCUAAAGCCCCCUUUAGCCCAGCUGUUGGUCCGUCAUUGGACUCUGUACUAGGGGAACGAAAAUUGGUUUCCUGAUGCUUCAAUUGUCCUGCAGAUACCAUUUGGGAAAAUCUUAACAACUAAGAUGAUCGUGUCCUGAUUUUUCUUUUGGUAUUGUUAUGUGCUGGUAUUAUGGACGAUUUCGAAAAGCCGUACUCUUGAUUUUGCUCUCGAGGACAAGAACAAAUUUUAGGGGCGGAGAAUUGUUUUGUGCUAAUAAGU